ACACUACGGCGUGAGGAUGCGGACUAGCUCUUGGUUGGGACUACUUCUGCUUUGCAGUACACAGUGCGUUCCGACUUCUGGCAGAUCAGUAGUUGCAACGCACAGCAAAAUGAGAGAGCGAAUCUCCAACGAACGUGUGGAGUUUCAGAAGGAUGAGAGCAGCUCUUUACAAGUCAAACCUAAAAUCACAGUUGACAUUCUUAUGGGAAAAGCUGUGGAACUACAGUGCAGGAACAAGACGAGUGAAGGGACAGUUAAAUGGUGGCAGACCCCUUUUGGCUCAUUUGAGGAUGGAAAAUUUAGUAAUAAGGGCCCAGUAGAGCUCGGUAACGGAAACCUGAGGAUCAUUAGAACCACCGCAAGCCAUAAUGGUCUCUACUACUGCCACCGUGUGGACAGCCACGGCAUAACAAUUAUUCCAUAUACGGUGAAUGUAGUGACGGCAAAUGGAAUACAACACAAGACAGAGACAUACAACAGGAGUCAGAGAAUGGCCAGAGAGGGUGAGGGCAGCUUCUCCCAAAGCCACUUCACUGCAGCUGUAACAUCAUCAGUUUUGGUCACCUUCAUAGGAGCGUUUGCACUUGGUGCAUUCAGCAGACCCUAUGUUAUCAAGUGUUUGUCAAAAGCAGUGCUCACGCCAAGUCCUAAAACUUCCAGCCACGAGCACAGAAAUGGAGACGAUGUAUUCGCCGUUGCUUCCAACGAACAGUCCUUGCAGUUCGACUCUGUGUUCUUCCACAGCAGCCGAAACUUUGAAGACGACACCGUCUUCUUUGCACCAGAGUCAUCCCCGCCAUUCCAGCCAAAGCAAGAGAACGAAGAACAGCGAUACCUGGAGGGACGCAACUCGUCUCUCAGCGCGAUCGAAACGGAGACGAGCGAUACACUAAGCAGGAGAGACGGGGGCGAGUCGGACCGGGAAGAGCGGGCUACAGCAGCGGCGACAGACCCGAGUAGUCAUCGGCAACCCAAGCGGAGAAGCAGAGUUAUUAAAGUGUACGACUACGAUGAAGAGGGGAAACGGUACAGCCACAUAAAGGAACCAGAGGAGCUGGAUGAGAAUGAACCCAGGCGCAGACACAGGGUUGUGUCUCUGACGCGCCUCAGCGCCAUUAUGAGCCAGGCAGAAGCGCUGGACUCGACUAACAGGAAUCCAGCCGAACCAGACGAGCCUCUGCCUCCCAGCACGGUUUAGGCCUUUAACAGACCCAAUGAAUCCUUUGAGUUCUGUUAUACCUAAAGCAACUGUUGCCAAGCCAUUUAAAUCUGUUUUUACAAAUAAUGUAUACAACAGGUCUAAAAUGAAAGAAUUAGGAGGAGAAAAAACAAGUUGAACAGAAACGCUAAAACAUGAAUCAUCUUCCACUGCCCGGACAUGGAAAACGAGCACAAGCGAAGCGGCAGCCUGAAGGAGGGGGGCACUCAUCUCGCACAACAAAUAACUGAUGGCCGUUGAUGGGGUUUUUUCUGCCUCCACACUUCUGGGGAAAAAAAGAGGCAAGAACGUUCAAAUUGUAUAUUCUGGAAUAUAUUUUACAGUGUGAACAUGCCCAAGGGAAAAUUGCAAUUACUUACAAUUCCUUUAUUUUCUUUUGAAAACACUAUAAA